UAAAAAAUAUAUUAAAGUAGAGACCACCGAAACCAAGUUGCUGGAAUCUUGGUUAAAAAGCCUCACUCCCUUCCCCCACUCUGUGUGUUUCUAGUGAGUGAGAGAAACACGGUGUUUUAGAGAGAGAGAGAGAAUACAUUUUAAUUUUUGACACCACCAGAUAAUGUCUUCUUCAACUACACUCUUCUUAUUGUGCCUUAUCAUCAUCUCUCAGCUUCUUGCUAUUUUUGCUGCAGAAGACGGCUUAUUAAACAACGGUGACUUUGAGACUGCCCCAACAGGAGGGUUCGGCGAUGACGGAGCCACCGACAGCCCAGACGCGGUCCCAAGCUGGAAACUGAACGGCACGGUGGAGCUAGUGGCAUCAGGGCAAAAACAAGGCGGAAUGAUCCUCAUCGUACCCGAAGGCAGACACGCGGUGAGGCUAGGCAACGACGCUCAGAUCAGCCAAGAGGUGAAACUUGAAAAAGGCGAGAUCUACUCGAUCACAUUCAGUGCAUCUCGGACAUGUGCACAGCUGGAAUCAUUAAACGUGUCGGUUCCACCCGCGUCACAGACCAUUGAUCUACAAACAUUGUAUAGUGUACAAGGCUGGGAUACGUACGCGUGGGCGUUUCAAGCAGAGCAAGAAGACGCUAGUGUCGUUUUCACGAAUCCUGGCAUGGAAGAUGACCCCACAUGUGGGCCCAUCAUUGAUGACAUUGCUAUUAAAAAGCUUUUUGUGCCUACUAAACCAAAAGAUAAUGCAGUAUUGAAUGGUGAUUUUGAAGAAGGUCCAUGGAUGUUUAGAAAUGCUUCCCUAGGAGUCCUACUCCCAACCAACCUUGACGAAGAAACCUCGUCAUUACCGGGUUGGAUAGUCGAGUCAAACCGGGCAGUUCGUUACAUCGACUCCUACCACUUCUCGGUUCCUGGAGGAAAACGGGCCAUCGAGUUACUCUCGGGUAAAGAAGGAAUCAUCUCACAAAUGGUCACAACCACUCCAAACAAACCUUAUACAAUGUCGUUUUCGCUAGGCCAUGCGGGUGACUCGUGCAAGCAGCCACUUGCGGUCAUGGCCUUUGCCGGUGACCAAGCCGAAAACGUCCACUACACGCCCGAUUCCAAUUCGACUUUCCAAACUGCAAACGUGAACUUCACGGCUAAGGCCGAGAGGACACGGGUGGCGUUUUAUAGCGUGUAUUAUAACACUCGGAGUGAUGAUAUGAGCUCGUUAUGUGGGCCCGUGGUCGAUGACAUUCGGGUUGUUGUUUCGGGUGGUGUUAGAGGUUUGAGAUUGUCCGGUUUAAGGUUUGUGUUUAUGGUUUUGGUCAUGUUGUUUAUGGUUUAGUUGAAGUAGGUUUUAGUGGCAUGUAGUAACUUAUUAUGGUAAUUUCCACUUGGCAAGUUGUUGUGUUAUGAUGUUACGUAUUAACGGAAGUGAAUCCUUUUUGUUAUGAUA